UUUUCUUUCUGGGGAACGGCCUCUUUUCCCCAGAUCACAAUUGAAAUGUGUCAAUACCAUUUCAGUUUCCCACUACUUGGCAGCUGCAGCCAUUAAUGAGCAUCCUCUGCUCCACGGGUGAGGUUGCCAGUGAAGCAGUGACAGGGACCAGCUGCCCCAGUGUGCCACCACCUCUGCGCCUGCCUGCUCAGCUGUGAACGGCACAUGGGGCAGCCGUGUUGAACCAAAGGGUUUGUGCAUGUUGCCUGCAAAGCCCGGUCACCAGAUGGAGAAGGAAGUGGGACUGGAUUGAAAAAAACAUGACAAACUGGUGCUGGCUGUUCCUCCCUUAGCUUCCAUGCCCCCAGGAUGGCGGUGACAUGGGGCAGAUUGAUGCCAACCUGCCUGUGGCACAGCAGGGCCACACAGAGUGGGGCAGCGUAGGGUGAGAUGGAGCCGGAGCCACCAUCCCACACCCUGAGCUCUGACAUGACACCGAGGGUGCGGGUGUCCCCAGGUCCCACCCAAGUCUGCCCAACCCAUAGAAGGGGCCUCCCUGCUUCCUCGGUGGCUGUUUUUCUUCCCACCCCAUGCAGCUAGCCACAAGGGCAGGACGUGCCGCCUAUCUGAUGGGAGCAGUCUCUCUUGGCACUGUGGCUGCUGGUGGAGGGGCCGCAGCGCGGUGGUUUUGGGCACGGGGAAGUGCUGGUGAUGGGGUGAGGGGAGCCUCCAGCCAGGCUUCCUGAGCAGCACAGCCUACACUUCCCAGAUAAAGGUAUCACCCUGCAGAGCCGGGGCAGCAGCCGGGGUGCUGGGAAGUACCAAGCGCAACAGGAGGGAUGGCAGCCUGCCUGCACCAGGGCUGGCUGCCUGCUCUGCUCACUGCUGUCCUGCUGAGCCGGCACAGCCCUGCCAUGGACACUGAGCCAGUGACAUCCCAAGAUGCUGUGUUGCUGGCAGAGGUGCCCGAGGACAUCCUCUGCUUCUCCCGCUCCUUCGAGGAUCUCACGUGUUUCUGGGAUGAGGAGGAGGCAAGCGGGAUACACCGCUUCUACUACUGGUACAGCAGGGAUGCACCCACCACGUGUGCAGUCUUCACACAGCGCCGUGGGGCCAGUGGGAUGCGGCAGAUCUGUGUGUUCCCCAGCCAGGACGUGCGGCUCUUCACCCAGCUCCACAUUCUUGUCCUGGACGCUGCCACCAACCGCACCAGGCACAGGCGGGAUCUCAGCGUGGAUGCAGUGGGUCUCAUCGCCCCACCAGUGAACAUAAGUGCCCACUGGGCAGGAGCCACAGGGCAGCUCCGUGUGUCGUGGCAGCCGCCACUUGCUGACUACCCCAACUUCUUCCUCUAUGAGGUGUGCUACCAUCCCAUGACCCCCAAAGUGACACCCUGUGGCACGGCACCCAGGGACCUCCCUGCCCAUCCCACCAACAGAGCCCACCCGCCUACAGCCAGGGGAGCUGCAGCCUUCCAGGGAACAGUGCAGGGGCUGGUACAGGCCGACACAUGGGUGAUUCUCCGGGAGCUGCAGCCAGGGGUGAGGUACCACAUCCAGGUGCGCAGCAAGCCUGACGGCACCUCAAUGGAUGGUGUCUGGGGGCCCUGGUCGGAGGUGGUGGUCGCAGAGACGCCCCAUUCUUCUGAGGACAUCGGGCUGCACUGCAGCACUCCCGACCUGCGGUGUGUGCGCUGUGUGUGGAGCUGGGACCCUGCAGAGCACCACAGCACCCACGAGCUCUUCUACCGGGCAUCUCCGAGUGGGGCUGGCAUGAGGGAGGACACGUGGCAGCAGUGUGAAGAGGCCAGCGCGGGGACACAGGGCAGCCACACCUGCACCUUCCAGCCCACGGCCGGCAGCCCCAUUGCCGUCCUGGUGAACGUCACCCGGCUCCACGAGCUACCUGUGCUCAGCUACUUCAAGGAGCCCUUCUGGCUGCACCAGGCCGUGCUCACGGAGGCCCCGCGGCACGUGCAGGCGACGGCGGCGCAGGGCCGGCUCAGCUUGCAGUGGCUGCCGCCCCUGGAGGCGCUGGCGGAGCAACUGGAGUACCAGGUCCGCUACGCCACGGACGACAGCUCCGACUGGAAGGUGCUGCAGGUCCCGCGGGCGGCCAGGAAGGAAGUGCUGGACCUCCGGCCCGGUGCCCGCUAUCGUGCCCAGGUGCGGGCGCAGCCCGGUGGGCCGCAGUACCGGGGCAGCUGGAGCGCGUGGUCCCAGCCCGUCGUGGUUGACGUCGCGGCUGAAGCGGGUAAGGGCCGUGCGGGGCUGAGGGCGCCCGGGUGGGAGGAGGAGAAUAGGCCCGCAGUGCGGAACCGCCCCUCCGUCGCAGGCUGGGUGAUCCCGAGCGUGACGGUGGCACCGCUGAUCUUCACCGGAGUGCUGCUGGGGCUGCGGUGCACCUUCCCGUCCCUCUACAGCAGCGUGAAGCAGAGGCUGUGGCCGCCCGUCCCCGACCUGCACCGCGCACUGGGCACCUUCCUGCACGAC